AUGAAUAAGUCUCUCCUUGAUGACAUGAAACAAUCACCUGCAUUCAUAAAGUUCCAAAGGGACUUGUCAAUGCAAGAGACAGAAUCAAGGGUGCACAUGGAUGGUUUGGUUAAGCAGGCCGAGCAUAUAAGUUCCAUAAUACUAAAGCACCUCGUUCCUAAACUAAAAGACCCAGGCUCAUAUACUAUCUCAUGUGUAAUUGGUAAUUACACCAUUGAUGGGGCCCUUCUAGACUUAGGAGCAAGUGUGAACAUUCUUUCAUACUCAACCUAUCAGAAACUCAACCCAGGAGUGUUUCAACCCACCUCGGUUUCCAUAUGCCUUGCUGAUCGAUCUCUUAAGCAACCUUGGGGUGUGGUGGAAGAUGUGGUAGUCAAUCUUGACAGCCUUACUCAUGCUGAAUUUGAGGAUCCUCUCGAGCAUUCUAUGCUAAAACAUGGUUGGGACCCUAAAUCUGAAACUAAGUUGGGGGUUUGCAAUCUCAAGUGUGAGGAAGAGACGAGGGAAACCAAUGUUAGCUGGGAACCAGGAUGA